UUUUUUAACCAAUGUAUUGCCCAUAGUUAGCUAUGACUUCUAGCUAUAUUUCUGGUAGCAUGUUGAUUCCGCGUCGAAAGAAGUCUUCUUCUUUUGAAGCUAUCCAGCCAUCGACUCAUUUUCACAUUUUUUCAACAUUUUGAAUGCGUACAUCGGCCAAGCUGAUUUUGAUCGAUCGGAACAAGUGAUAAUCAGAAGGAGCAAGGUCUGGAAAGUACGCCGGUUGAUCAAGCUGAUCCCGACCGGGGUCCUCUAUCUUUUUUUUUAUCGAUGUUUGAAAUAUAUCGAAUUUUUAAAAAUCAUUCGACUAUUUUGUGUCGCAGUUUUUUGUCAUUUUUCUCUCAGUACUCUGCGUAUUGGUUGUAGUUGAUACGAAUCCCCCGUGACAGUUUUUCCCAGUUUCGGCAGGUCAUAAUACACCACACCCCUUUAAUCCCGUCCAAACCAUGAAAAUUCGGCAAUUCUGUCUAUUUUGAUUAUUGUGCGGGAUUGAACCCUGACUUUUACGUCUGGGGUUGCCGCAGCAGAUGCCGUCUUCCCUUACAGAUACAAUACGAUACAAAAAUUCCUUCCUUUCGUAUCUUUGGAGCAGUGUAUAAAACGUGAAUACACUCCUUACAACGACUUUUGGCUUCAAUUCGCGUGGCACCCAAUUUCUUUGUCCUUGCCUCAUCAUCAAUGACUUAAAACGGCUGAUUUAUCAAAAUAUAAUGCUUCUAGUGGUUUCUGAUGCAUUUUCAUGCAUCUUUAUCGAAUGAACAACGCCAAUAGCCCAUCAUUCAACAUUUUUGGUGAGUUCACAGUUUCUCAACAAAUUCACCACUUUGUUUUUCACCAAAUUCAACUUUUUCUGUGGAGAUGAGAGGUCUCAUCUCCCGCAAGUUUCCAUAACUUUUUGUUGUAUUUCCACUUUGUUUAAAGUGAAAAAAUCGAAUACAAAAGGACCCCAGGGAAAAACAUAGAAUCACGAUCCAUUUUGAAUCGGUUCAAAAAUAAUGACACUGUGUCAAAAAUAAAUUUUUCUGCUCUGAAUUAGAUUGGCAAAUGUCACAUGUACAAAAUGCAAUUGGAUUCACCUGUCAAACUUCAUACAAGUUUAAGUGGCGACAUCUAACAGUCAACGAUACAAUAAAGUUCAAAUUAUACACUAUGUUCGAUGAAUACCGAGAUCCACAAAACCAAUGAGUUCUUAUGCUUUCCGGAGAUCAAUGUAAUGGUGUAAGCGAAUUGGCUGAAGGACAUUCAUACAUUAGGGGCCGUUGUAAGCAGCUAGGCAAUUUAUAUAGUCCAAGUCGAGAUGAUGGGCGUUGCUUUUACAAUUCCGAUUAUGAAUUUUUAUUGCACAAAGACGAAUUUGGAUCACCAGUAGAUGUUAUCGAAAAACAAUCGGAGGACAUAUGUCGUCGGGUGUCAAUGACACCCGGCGAUGUAAGCAAUAAUCACGAUAUACAGACGCCCACCAAUGAAAGACCAAGAACUUUGGCCAGCGUUGGUACUUGUACCAGCGACCGGCGAGCAUCGCGUGACAUUGCGGUACAAGCAUUCAGCCUUGAAAUCGAAGAGGAGAAAAAAAAAUUGUAUGAUAGCCAAAUUGAAAAGCAGCCGUCCACGUCUCAAGCCAAAAUUGGUUGCGAUACAAAACGCAAAGAAUUUCGUAAAUGCCCACAAAGCGAAUCAUAUUUUAUACGUGAACAUCGACCGUCAAUUUUUUUAAGAAGAGAUUCGUGCCACUUUCAUAAGCUUAUUUCCCCACGAAAUGAAAUCGUUGUCGCCCAUUGUCCAGGCACGACUCCAAUACUAGAAUAUGCCGAGAGCUUUGAAUCAUACAAAUCUCACGAAGGAGCGAAUUCGAUUGAAGUGUCUAAUAAUGAGUAUCAGAAACCAUGCUAUUGUUUUGAUCACUGUCAUGAUAGCAUAGACAGUGCCGAAGCAGCCGCACAUCGAUAUAGUACAAGUUCAUCAGAUAGUUCAGCCAUAACGAAAAUUGCCGUUGAAAAUAUCGAAUCGAUGACAGCAGCAGCGGCAGCAACAGCAAUGCGUCGCCCAAGUAAAUGGAAAUCUAGUUUGGUGUACUUUAUGGAUCCAUGCAUCGAAGACUCAGCUGAAAAUGCGGUUGAAGGGGAAUAUAGCGAGAAAGAGCAAGAGAAACCAUUGUUGGAAGAGCAUGAAAACGGAAAUGUACCGACCGUAACUACUUCAUAUGAAAAACGUUCAAAUUAUCGCAAAAAAAAUGCUGACGAUUCGAAAAGUCGAUCGGCGGAGGGUUCAACUAAUCGAAAUGUUGAAGGUAUUGAACUAGCAAAUGAAGUGUGUCCAUUUGGAUUAGCCAAAAAUUUAGAAAAGCAAAUUUGUAUCAUACCAUCACGAAAGAAAAAAUCUUCCGGGCGCCCCAGCUUUCUGAAACUUGUGACAUUAAUCCUUAUAGGCUCAGCAAUACUUAUAACUAGUGCAGCGCUAAAAGAAGCUUAUUAUUAACAAACACACAAAUACACACAUUCUCUCUCUCUCUCACACAUACACACACGAAAUAUUAUUAUUAUUUUAGAAUUAAUUGCUAUGUAUACGCGAUUUAAAGCUGUCAUUAUAAAGUAAAAAAAAUCAACUAAAAUAGAACACAAAUCUCGGUCAUUAUGCGAUUUAUGAAUCAUAAGUCUUAACGAGUCUUAAGUAUAUAAUAAUAAAAAAAAGAAAAAUCACACAAUAUCGUUUCAUUAAUAUUCACAAGAUUUUUUCUCUGUUAUUGUUAUUGAAAAUAAAAACAAACUUGUUCAACAUCAAUAUGAUGAAAUACUGAAACAAACGAAUCUUUGUGUAUUUUACACAAAAGGAAAUGAAAAAAAUUCUUGAUUAUUAUAAAUACUGUUAAUUUAUUUUUGAAGAAGAAAAAA